AUGGAUACAACCCCCCCAUCACCCGCCUCCUCUGUCGCCGGGUCGAAUGAGCCAACCCACGAUACUGCAUCCACAGCGAGCAGCAAUUACGGCGGCAUCGACCCCGAGGUCGAGGAAAACCUUUACAUACUACCAUACGUCUCCGAUGAGGGCCUGCGCAGCGACGCCAGAGAUCGCCGCAAGAUCAUCGGAUCCUCCCAGGACGACUAUUAUCCUCUUCCUGCCGAUUUUAGUGCCGCUGCAUCAGCUGCACACGAUCCGAGAUGGUUCCUACCAAAGUACAAGAUCUGGUUUUGCGAUCGCGACCUCAUGGGGAAAAUGAUUGUCGUACGGUAUGACCAGCGAAGGGGUUGCAUCGAAGGGUACCAGUUGUUGGCCGUCAGCAACCGCACCACGUACCAACACUGGCCUGCCGACAACAGCGUGGUAAUCCAUGCUUUCGAGCCUCGUGUUAAGUUGCAUUUGGACAAGCCGGUGCUUCAGUUCCAUGCACGUAGCCUAGAAGAUAACGAAGACUCAACUGGCAUACUGGGAAAUCGGUUCCUCCCAGAGAUACCCAUGGUGAUUGACGACCGCUCCGACGCCAUGUUCAGCAAUUUCCUGAUGGCCCGUCCCCUGGACACUGCAACUGCCACUUCUAGAAUGGAGGCGCCGUUCCCCUACGGCAAUGUUUGGCCUCCACCCGCCAUACCUGCCCGCCACCGUGUGGCUGGCGUCGCUUCCGGCUUGGACGGCGAUGAUCUUGCCCCUGGCGAUCUGCCUACUCGGCGAGCCGAGGCCUCAGAUCAAGCCUUUCGCAUUCGUCAGUGGAUGGAGAUGGCCGGGGGCCCAACGCCGGGGCUGUUUCUUGGGGCAGGGCCCGUUGGUUUGAUCCAGGCGAUUCAAGCUAACAUGGGUAUGGUAGGAGGAGGACGAGGUGUUCCUGGUGUGCACAUUGGCGAAGAAGUGGUCACCUAUUCGACCCUCGAUCCUGUCGUAUACACACCGACCCCGCUCAAACCAUGGCGUGGCAUCUGGGUUGGCGACUACAGCGGACACGGUUGCGAGUUCUUGCUGAUCAAUCAGCCCGACGAAGAAGAGGUUUCUGACGAGGAACUUGGCCUGGUCCGUGGCGUCGACGAGUGCGAGAAGGAAUGGGCAAAGCGACGUACCGAUGCGCGUGUGCACCGAGGUCGCUUAGAAGCAAUCAAGCUCACUGGCGACCCAAACGUUCCCAGAGGAGAGUACACGUUUGUGGCAGACGACUUGGGCGAGGCCGGGUUUGUUGGACAUGCUCAGGAACCGCCGUUCCAGGGCACGCGCGUGGUCAAGAGCAAAGGGCAUGUCGCCGGAACGGGUUUCCUUGAUGAUAAGUACAUCGAGUCACAGCUUAUGCUGAUUUCUCACGAUCGGCUCGCCCAGUACUGGGUCGGUUUCGGGCAUAUCAGUUUCUUCGAGCGAGUGAACAUUGAAGAGUUCAUGUCGCCCUGA